CGGAGGACGUUUCCCCAAAUAAACCUAAUAUAACCCAAAUUCAAAUUAGUUAGGGCUCUAAUAUAAAUAGUUGUAAUACACGUUUACCUUGCCUAACAAGAAAUGCAGUGGAGAGUCCAGUUCUAAUUCAUCAGUUUCAUCAAUGGAGGUUUUCGAUCUCUCUUCAAUGGAGAAAAGUGGCAGUUCAAAAGUAACGGAUAAUGGUGGUCGUUCAAAAGCACUGGACAAGAGGAUGAUGAAUUAUUUGGUGAAAUACGUAAUAGGAAAAUCUUUUCCGUAUGAGCAUACUGUUAUAGAGGAUGUAGAUGAAGUUUAUGGAAUCAGACUGUAUAGCCCAUUACAAAUUCUUGGAACUACCCAGGGGACGAAGAAGAACAAGCGAUUUAUAUUCACCUUUCAGAACAAGCGGAAUUGCAAAGUGUUUAUUAGUAAAGAUACUCCAGGGUUUUGGAAACCUAAUCCCAAAAUUAAGUCUAUUUUUGAUUCCAACAAGAAACACAUUGGCAACAUCAAAAUUUCCUGGUACUACUACUAUGACACCAACAAUGGUAGACGCAAGUCAUCAAAGAGAUUGAAAAAGAGUGAGUGGCAUAUCAGAGAGUAUUAUCUCUCAUCGAAAUAUUUGCCCCCAAACAAAGUUGAGAGAAAAGAUGUGAUAUUAACCAUGAUGAUGAAGACGAAGGAACAAAAAGGUGGUAAUAGUAAUAAUAACAAUCAAGAGAAAUCCGAUAAGGCAAUGCAGAUUAUUCAAUCUCAAGAAGACGGACACGUUCAACUUGAUCAUAAUAAUGGUGACGCUGUGGAGAUGUCUGUUGAGAAUCAGCUAAUUAUGCAAUCUUUACAAAGCCUUCAACUUUCUGAUAAGGCGAUGCAGAUUAUUCAAUCUCCACAAGGCGGACAGGUUCAACUCGAUCAUAAGAAUGGCGACACUGUGGGGAUGUCUGUUGAGAACCAACUAAUCAUGCAACCUUUACAAAGACUUCAACUUUAAUGACAAGAAUAGAAAGAUUAGUUUCUUUUUUGGCUUAAAAACUAGUGCUCAUACCUAAGUGCUCUUUUGUUUUUACAAACUGCUGAAUCUAUAGUUAAGUUUGCUGCCAAAUGAUUACAUUGAUUGUUGGGAUUCCUGUCUACCUUUUUGCUUUAAGUAUAUAUGUGUGAUAGUGAACAAUUGAUUCACUUUUG